UUCGCGCGGCUCUUCACUACAUGAACGGCCAGCAUCUCAGGGACGCCUACCGCCUCUCUUCUUACCCACACGCACAGCACGACGUUGGAUAUCUACAAAUCUCCCGUUCUUUCUGUUCUGCGCUUUAUCGUUUGUUCGCUUGAACCUACCCCUUGACUCGCAUUAUUGUUCAACAAUCAUGAGAGGAAAGCGGUUCAACCCAUGUGGCCGCAUGACGACGACGAUCAAGCUUCUGCUCGGGGCGGCCGCAGCCGCAGGCCUCCUCGGGAGCAACAACAACGAAAAUGUCGUCCUGGCCCAGACUACUACUAGCGGGUCGUCGCCCCUGUCGAGCAACCCGGACGGCUGCGUGGCCGACUACGACGCCGCGGCGGGCGUGGACUACUUCCCCGACAAGGCCGUCAUCGAGUACGCGGAGACGUUCACCGUGGAUUACUUGCCGACGUACAAGGUCCUCACGGUUUCGGAUGGGUUCUCGGACACGGUGUACGUCCUUUACCAGUGUGGCACGCCCGUGCCGGACCUCGACGACACCACCGUCGUGCAGCAGUACAUCAGCAUCCCCGUGUCGAACGUGUCUACCGGAACCACGGACCACGUCCCGAGAAUUGAGCUCCUGGGACACAGGGACAGCAUCGUGGCCUACACCGGCAACGUGGGGCUGAUCGGUUCGCCAUGCGUGGACGAACUCGUCGACAACGGGACUGUGGUUCAGGCCCUGACGUUCGACACCGUGUGCGGGCAGGACAUCAUCGACAACGAGGCCCUCGUGAACGCCUCGGUAGAGGUGGCCUUCGGGGACUCUCUCACGACCUCGUUGUGCGAGAACGCCACCAUGGUGCACAACGGCGUGGCUGUUGUGGCGUACCAGGAGAGCGGGGAGGCCGUGGGGCUGGGCCGCGCGGAGGCCAUCAAGCUCUUCUCCCUCUUCUACAACGAGGAGGCGAGGGCGAACGAGCUCUUCGACGAGAUCGAGACGGUGUGGUUCUGCACGAAGACCAACGCUCAAGGGUGCAGCCUCGAGCUGGACGAGUCACCCACCGUGGCUUGGUUCCCCUUCCUCCCCACGGACCAGGACUCGUUGUACUACGAGGCCGGCUCGGGUUGGGGCGAGCCCACCUUAGACUCUUACUACGGUCAGGCCGUCAACGAUACGGGAGGGACUAUGUUGGAUUGCGGGGUGGUCGAGGGCUUGAUGACGGACGAGGAGAUGCUGGCCUGCUUCGCUGAUGCCGACAUCUGCGUCUUCGCCGCCGACUACGGCGAGGUGGAGCUGUUCUUCGACGCCGACGUGUUGAGCCAGCUCCGCUGCAUCCAGAACCAGACGGCCUACGACGUCACCCUGUCCGGCAUCAACGCGUGGUUCGAGGCCAUCUGGGUCGAGCCUCACGUACUGAUGCAGGACAUGGUGGCCGUGCUGCACGGUGAUGACGACAACGUUGGCAUCGGAGAGUACGAGAGGCUGUUGCUGCGGAACGUGUUCACCGAGCAGAACGACGUGGGGUCCUACUACUCGGACGUGGGCACGUGCGACGACCCGGACGCCAUCCUGGAGCUCCAGGGCGGUGACUGCGAGCUCCUGAUCGACUUCGGCGACUGUGGGACGUCCGUCACCGCGGACGCUGAGUCUCCGGGGUCGAGGGUCCUGCCGACGGGCUUCGCCCUGGCGGUCGUCGCGGGGGCCGCCGCUUUCCUGUGGUAGAGGAUGAAAGAAAGAGCCUGCUUUUCGGGAGGAUACGGAAGUCGGGGGCGGGGGCGGGGGGGCUGCUGCAGCUAUUGGCAGACCUUGCAAGACGUAUGCCGCGGAUAAAUAGGUAACUCUAGCUACAGCUACAUGACUUUGCAAGAGGUGUAGCUGCAGCCACUGGUAGAACUCGCAAGGGGCAUAAAAGGUAGAACCUGCAACAGGCAUAGCUGCUGCAGCCUGUUGGAGGCACUUGUUGGUUGUAGGGAUGGCGCUGGGGGUGCGGUGCCGGCACGGUGGGGAAUAGUUUCGAUGUUUCCGUGUUCGUUUGUGUGAUGCGCUGCUUCUCAAGCGUGCUUGGCUGACUCCCGCCUGGGUGGUGGGGGGCGUUUUUGGUCUUUUGUAUUGUUGUUGUUUGACACUCUUACGGUACCUUUUAGUGGUGCCACUAUGGUGGACCUUCUUCUACGGAAAAGACGAGAGCCACAUGCCUCCACCAAUACGGCCGCAACCAACCCCGGCAGAAGUUCCGACGGGUGCUGUGCGCACAUGUAUGGAUAGCUUUUAUUGUUUGUGUGUUUUUGAGACACUUUUGCACUGCAAAAGAUUGCCUGACCCCAUGCGGUUGCUCGUCGGUGUCGACCCUUUUGGCUUCCGAUGUUGUGACACAGAUCCCUUCCCCCCACAUUCGUAGGCGUCAUGCUAUGCACACCCGUUCGCGUUUGCUGCGUGUGGAUCCAGUUAUUAAGUGCUUCGUUUCGCCUCACGGGUGAGGGGCCGCUUUCACCGACGUCGCCUUUCCUUCGAAGGCGGUGCGGAUUAAACUGAGUGUUUGACUGACUACAGUUCUUACGGUACACCCCCAAAAAUGGCGUCAGGCCGAGUCAAGGGGAAGAAUUUGACUCUUGGACGCGAUAUACUGCCUAAUUUAAGGUGUAUGUUUUCUGUGUGGUUUUUUGACUUGGCCCUUUCUCGCCUUGAAAACGAUCUGUAUAAUUGUCUCUUUUUUCCCUCGGUUCCUUCACCCCCUGCACUCCCAAGGCGGGGUGAUUCUCUUGCUCGGCAAUGCAAAAUAGUGGCGUCGUCGCGACGUGAGCGUGUGUUUCUUUUCUCACGAUUUUUUUUCCUCCCUCGUGUUUCCUCGAGUGUUUGUGGGGGGGCGCGAGAUGGCGGGGGGAUAUUGGGAACUAUGCAGGUAGCGAUGAUCCGUAUUUAUUCAUUUUAUAGUUGUCACCCUAGUGCCCGUAGGGUGAGGCGCGUAAUUUUGUCGUUGUUUUCUUCCCUCCUGGAGGCAUUGUAGCGGCGGUGUGUGUUCAAAUCGUCCGAUGGGUUUUUCAAUGGCCCUUCCCGAGACUGACUCGGUAUUAUUUUUAUUUUUUUUCUCUCACUCGGUAUACACCAUCUUUAGGUGUUGUCGAUCUCGGCGAACACACUUCCUUGAUUAUUUUUCGGGGGUGGUCGUUGUCUUGAUGAAUCAUCGAGCACGAGGCUCAUACGCCCGAGUUGGGGCGGACUCUCGAAGUCACUCCUCUUGUUUUACGGACGUACACGGAAAAUUGCUUUAUUUAAACAAAUAGACAAAUUUAUCAGAAACUG